AUGAGUUGGUGUAGCCGAAUUAUAACUGGAAAUGAAGACGGGAAACUUCGUGUGUACACCGGCAAAGACGAUCCAAAUCCUGUAGAGCAUGUUGUUGGCGAAGCAGUGAAUUGUCUUUUGUGCAAAGGUGAAAAUAUGAUUGUGGGCACUGAAGGUUUUCAGGUUUACCUACAAAACAUUGAUGCUGGUCUGGUUGAAGGCGUCGUUACCCGAUUCACGGCAGGUGUAAAUUGUUUGGCCCUAAAUAAAGACAAAAGUCGCCUUUUGGCCGGUGGAAGUGAUUUUGUUGUCAAAUUGGUUGACCUAGCGAACGACGAUGCAUCGCUGCGAGAGAUCACGUUUAAGGGUCACUCUGGCCCCAUAUUAAGUGUCGAUUUUGAUCCCUUGGAAACAUUUGCUGCCACCUCUUCCUGUGACGGAACCGUUCGAAUCUGGCAAUUGAGCGAUACUUCAGAAGUCAAGCGUUUUUCCGUUCUCCCCAAGUUCAUUGAUCCCAUAUUCACAACAUCAAGAUGCAAGUUGAAAUGGGAACCCUCGACUGGUGAAUUCUUGGCUGUUCCUGUUGAAGUUGGCAUUCAUAUUUACGACCGACAUGCGAAUUGGAGCUUAGUUCGUGUUCUUCGACACCCCAAGGUAGUUAAGGCGUUUAUCGAAUGCGAAUUUUCUCCUGAUGACAAAAUGCUAGCUGCUAUGAGUAUCGAUGGAUGGCUCGUGGUUUGGAAUCCAAAACACGAAGCGUUGUUGUACUCGACACAUAGCUCUGCUUUUGAAAAUGUGUGCAGCAUGAUUUGGCCCCAAAAAAAUACAAUCUACUGCACUGACAAAUUUGGAGCUAUUGGUUUCGUAUCAAUUGAUAUACCUUCUGAAUCGUCCGUUGAACGCUCAGCGCCUGACGCCAAUGAAGGUCUCUCUCCCAAUGGCAUUAGAGCUCUUUUCGGCGAUGCAGACUCUAUGGAGUUUACCGAUUUGGUGGCCAUGGCGUCCGAUCAGGCGGAGGAAGCGGCUGCGGCGGAGGUAGAAGCUGAAGUAGAGAUGACCGAAAUGUAUGGGAAGAAGAAAAAAGAAUCGAAGUCACAUUCCCUUGCUGUUCACUCAGAAGAUGAGGAGGAUGAUGACUCAAACACAGUUGCUAUUUCAAAAAUCAAGGCAGCGUAUUUAAAGGAGCUGAAUGUAGAGGAUGAUGAUACGAAUGAAUCAUUGGCAGCUCCUUCAAAAGGACAUAAUUCCGAACUGCAGAUGGCGACGAAGGCGGUCACUUUAUCAUCAGCAACUUCAUUGGAGAUAAAGUCCUUCCAACCGGGAUCCAUGCCCUCAGGCUUUCGUGAGCGAUUCCUUGUAUGGAACCACAUUGGAGUGGUAACACUCUUCGAAGCUGAAGACUCGGACGAUUCCAAGUGUGCGUCAAUUGAAGUGGAUUUCCACGAUACCAGUCUGCACCAUGGACUUCAUCUGGAAAGCCAGGGCUUCACAAUGGCUGACCUUAACACUACUGCCCUUAUGCUUGCCUCGCCUGGUAGCUCUGACGUCUACUUGACGGACGCUUACGAUAGCGGAAAGGACGUGGACGACUCUUACCUAAGUACCAUCCUCCUCCGUCCACUAUCCAAUACGAAUAUUGGAAGAGAAUCCACCUCAAAUACCCUCUCGGACUGGACUGUAAACCUACCUCCAGGCGAGGCCUGCCGUGCAAUUUCCCUGAUCAUUGGAAACGGCGAAGGCUUAGCGGUGGUUGCUACAUCCUCUAUGCUUCUGCGAAUCUUCCUCCAACCUGCAGCUUCGGCUGCAGCAGCUGGAGGAUCGCUUCAACUACUCCAGGUCACGUCUCUUGGUCUACCACCAAUUAGUCUACCCGGUAGGGGUGUAGUAACCAUGGCCAGUCAUCCAUUUUUGCCCAUUCUUGCUGUUGUUGUGGGCUGGAGCAAUGAGGAUCUUCACUGGAGAGUGUUCAAUUUCUCCCUAUCGUCUGGAGCUCCACGAGGAUGGGCUUUUGGACGCCUUAGUUCUACCUUCUACCCUCUUCCACUUUCUCCUUCUGCUCACUUAACUUGGUUAGGCUUCUCCGAACUUGGAAAUCUAUUUACUCACGACUCGGCUGGGUGUUUGCGUCGAUUAACACAUCAGAGCACACCAGGAGCCCCGCAUUUCAUGGAUUUCCACUGGGUGCCAGUAUGUGACACUCGGCGUUGCGUGAAGCCACAGCAUCGGCUGAACGAUUGCUUCUUUGUUAUUGGUGUGGUUGAAGAUAUUCACCAACCCUUGGCCAACAAGAGAAGGGACUUAGAAAGGACUGAUGAUGCUGAUACUGCUACCGAAUCCGAUCGGACGCAGCGAAUCAGGCAGGAUGAGUUAGGCUUUGGACAGGUGCAAGCCAUAUACUGUAAAGCCUCGCGGUGGCCAAGACCAGUUCCACGGCCGAUUGUGACCAGUUUACCCUUUAGGCUUCCGCUGUGCAAUGUCUUUGAGGCAGAUCAGGGAAAAUUGGAGGAGAAUUUCCUUCGAACCCUAGUUCUGGAUCAAAAACCCUUUUGGGGCACCUGUGACGACUCAGAGACAUCGCUUGAUGCCGAUCGACUGAACAGUAGAAGAAAGACACUGCUUCGUCUUUUUGCCUUGGCGUCGAAGGUGGAUAAUGAUUGGGCGGCGGUGACGGUGGCUAGGUUAAUGCCAGACGUUGAAACUGUUCGCUUAGGAAUUCGGUACGCUUUGCGGCUUAACCGUUCGGCUUUGGCCAACCGGAUCGGGCGAAUCGCAUUGGAAAUGGAGGAGGAAGAGGUGAUUGAAGGUCAAGGUGGUUCGGAGGUGGAUUCCAAGGAGAACAGAGGAGGUGCAAAUCAGGAAGAAGAGGAAGAAGAGGAGGAGAAGGAGGUCAUCGAAGUUCUUGGGAGUGACGAUAGCGAGAAGCCAAAGUUGGCAGAAGAAGAGGAAGAACCCAGUGCGCUUACAUUAUCGGCUUUCGCUUCCACCCCAAUGGACACCUCGCAGGCAUCUACAGAGUCUCCUUCAACUCAAGGCAGUCGUUUCAACCCAUUCAGACGAAAGAGCGGUGAUGAAUCGGAGCAACAGUUUAAAGGACGAGGAAGUUACGUCCUGGACACAUUGAAACCGCCACCAGCAAGGCCCAUUAAAGCCUCGAGAUUGAAUGUACAGAGGGAGGGAAGGAGGGCGUUAGCCGAGAAGACGAUGAACAGACCUUUGGCCAAACUGAAACACACAGUCCCUGAUACGUCGAGCCGUGAAAAGGCUAAACGACCUCUAUCGGAUGCCCCCCACAGCGUGGCUAAGCGCUUCUCGGCCUUUGAAUAUCAGGAACCUAAAGAGUAA